CGCGCCGACGACGUUCCGUCUCCGUCCGUGGGAGUUCUGUGGCGCGGCCUUUUCCCUUGCCUGGCCGAGGAGGACGAGGAAGAGGGAGGGCCGCCCCUCCGCCGCCCGACACCUAUUGACAGGAAGUCCUGAAUGUCGGCCCUUUUCCAUUGACUCUCCUGAAGAUGGCGCUCUCCAAGCGGGAGCUGGACGAGCUGAAGCCAUGGGUGGAGAAGACCGUGAAGCGAGUCCUUGGCUUCUCGGAACCCACCGUGGUCACUGCCGCCUUGAACUGCGUUGGGAAGGGGAUGGACAAGAAGAAAGCUGCCGAUCACCUGAAGCCUUUUCUGGAUGACUCCACUCUGCGGUUUGUGGACAAGCUCUUUGAGGCCGUGGAGGAAGGUCGGAGCUCCCGGCACUCCAAAUCCAACAGCGACCGGAACCGGAAGAGGGAGCUGAAGGACGUCUUUGGGGAUGACUCUGAGAUUUCCAAGGAAUCUUCAGGGGUGAAGAAGCGCCGCAUCCCACGCUUUGAAGAAGUGGAGGAGGAGCCCGAGGUGAUCCCCGGACCCCCGACUGAAAGCCCCGGGAUGCUAACCAAGCUGCAGAUCAAGCAGAUGAUGGAAGCUGCCACACGUCAGAUUGAGGAGAGGAAAAAGCAGCUGAGUUUCAUCAGUCCCCCUGCCCCACAGCCGAAAGCCCCGACAACCACCACCCAGCCGGAGCGCCUCCCCAUUGGGAACACCAUCCAGCCCUCGCAGGCGGCCACCUUCAUGAACGACGCCAUUGAGAAGGCCCGCAAGGCGGCCGAGCUGCAGGCCCGGAUCCAGGCCCAGCUGGCCCUGAAGCCUGGCCUGAUUGGCAACACCAACAUGGUUGGCUUGGCCAACCUGCACGCCAUGGGGAUCGCCCCGCCAAAUGGAUCACAUGGGCAGAAAUGUCCCAUCACACAGGGAUUUGCCCCUUGUACGCGGAAAGUGGAGCUGAAGGACCAGACCAAGCCGACGCCACUGAUCUUGGACGAGCAAGGCCGCACUGUGGAUGCCACCGGCAAGGAGGUGGAGCUGACACACCGCAUGCCCACCCUCAAGGCCAACAUCCGGGCCGUGAAGAGGGAGCAGUUCAAGCAGCAGCUGAAGGAGAAGCCCUCCGAGGACAUGGAGUCCAACACAUACUUCGACCCCCGGGUCUACAUCACUCCGGCCCAGCGGCCGAAGCGGACCUUCAAGUUCCACGACAAGGGCAAAUUUGAAAAAAUUGCCCAGAGGUUGCGGACGAAGGCCCAGCUGGAAAAACUCCAGGCCGAGAUUUCUCAAGCUGCCAAGAAGACCGGAAUCCACACCUCGACCAAAUUGGCCCUUAUCACCCCCAAGAAGGAGCUGAAGGAAGGGGACACCCCCGAGGUGGAAUGGUGGGACUCCUACAUCAUACCCAAUGGCAUCGAUUUAAAAGCCGCUGAUUCGCUUAAAAAAGAGGACUAUUUUGGCAUCACGAACCUAGUGGAGCACCCAGCUCAGCUAAACCCUCCAGUGGACAGUGACAUGCCGGUGACCCUGGGGGUCUACCUCACCAAAAAAGAGCAGAAGAAACUACGGCGCCAGACCAGGAGGGAAGCGCAGAAGGAGUUGCAGGAGAAAGUGAGGUUAGGCCUCAUGCCGCCUCCUGAACCAAAAGUACGAAUCUCUAACCUGAUGCGUGUUCUGGGAACGGAAGCCGUUCAGGACCCAACCAAAGUAGAGGCUCAUGUUCGUGCACAGAUGGCCAAGAGGCAAAAAGCUCACGAAGAGGCGAACGCUGCACGGAAGCUAACCGUGGAACAGAGGAAAGCCAAGAAGGUUAAAAAGCUGAAAGAGGAUAUUUCACAGGGGGUCCACGUAGCUGUCUAUAGAGUCCGAAAUCUAAGCAAUCCGGCAAAGAAAUUCAAAAUUGAAGCGAACGCCGGCCAGCUGUACCUAACAGGAGUUGUGGUUUUACACAAAGAUGUCAAUGUGGUGGUGGUAGAAGGAGGCCCUAAAGCACAGAAAAAAUUCAAACGGCUCAUGUUGCAUCGAAUAAAGUGGGAUGAGCAGACAUCAAAUACAAAAGGAGACGAUGACGACGAAUCCGACGAGGAGUCUGUGAAAAAGUCAAACAAAUGUUCUCUGGUUUGGGAGGGCACAGCAAAGGAGCGCAGCUUCGGGGAGAUGAAAUUCAAGCAGUGCCCCACCGAGAACAUGGCACGGGAGCACUUUAAGAAACACGCGGCAGAGCACUACUGGGACCUGGCUCUGAGCGAGUCCGUAUUAGAAUCCACAGACUAAAGGGCCCCCCCUCUCUCUCUUGGCUUUUUGUGGUGUUCAGUUUGGAGAGUGAGAACUCAGCUGAGACUUUGGCCUUGGAGGUUCCUCUCCCCCUGCCAUCCAAGCGCCCCCCCUCCCCAAGCCCACUUUCUCCCCUCAAGUUCCCUGCAGUGUGACAGCAUCCGAUUAAAAGAAAUAUUUUUAAAAAACAGAGCAAAACUACCUAGGGGUUUUCCUGUUUUUGUUUUGGACUGAAACAGUUCGUGGAUCUUGACGUGCGCUCUUUUUAGCUCCCUUGUCAUGCCCUCUGGAAACAAUCCGACUUGGAGGCCGUGGAGAAAGCGUCGAAAGAAAUCCGUACGCCGCCCAGGUCUUCUCUUUUCCAAAUCCAUUGGCCUCCUAACCACACGCAGCUCUUUGAGCUUUUUUGUUCUUCUUUUUUUGCCAGUUCAGUAGGUUUGUUUGGACAUUAGGCAAGUCAGCCAGGCACCUCCAUCAUGGGGAGAAAGGAGCUCUUGUGGGGUCACCGACUUCGAUGGACGUUAAGAGGGCAGAUCGCAGCGUUGGAAACUUGUACAGCAGAUUUUAGGAGCUGGGGAUUUAGCCCGCAUCCUACAUUUACAUAAUAAACUUUUUUUUUCUUUGGUAAGAAGUUAAAAGCAAAAAAAAAAAAAAAAAAAGGAAAACCCAACCAUGUUUCUUUACCUGUUUCUUUUGAGCAAGUCUGUUCACUGUGCAUUAAACAAAGUGGUUAUGAUUUCAA